AUGGUGAAAAAUGGAGACAGUUCCGGGGAUGAUGAAGGAACAUUCAAGCUACAAUGUGGAAACCUAACUUCGACCACGGAUAAAGGUCUCACUACAUCAUCUACUGUCAUCAUCACCCCACGCGUGAAUGGUUCCGUUGACAAUCAUAACUUCUCUAUUGGCUGUACGUAUACUUCACAUGAUGCAUUUUACUAUGGAGACACUUGGGUUGCCUGUGCUGCACGAGAUGAUCUGGGAAACUACGCGACAUGCGAUUUCACGGUCAACGUCAAAGAUGGCGACCCUCCCUGUUUGGCCUGCCCUGACGUAACUUCCGCCACGGACCAAGGUCUUCGUACAUCUUCCCACAUCACCAUCAACCCUAAUGCAUCAGACAAUACUGAUCUUAGUCCGUCUGUGAUCUGCUCUCAUACAUCCAGUGAUGUCUUCCAGUUUGGAGAUACCAAUGUUACCUGUAAUGCUACGGAUGAAUCAGGAAACAUUGGGACGUGUACGUUCGUGGUUACAGUGCAAGACAGGGAGCCUCCUAUGUUGGAGUGCCAUGUCCAAACAGCCAUCGCGGAUCAACGUCAAAUUGCUAUCAAUGCUUUCAUCCCAUCUGUGUCAGACAACUUAGAUCCCGAUCCGUCCGUUAACUGCUAUCACACACCCAUAGAUCUCUCUAGCCUUGGAGACACUAACAUCACAUGUGAAGCUAAAGAUUAUUCUGGAAACAUUGCCAACUGUACUUUUCUGUUUACUGUACAAAACCCUUGUAAGGUUCCUAAUCCGUGUAUCAAUGGUGAUUGUAGCUAUGAAGGAUCAGGACCAUACCAAUGUGCCUGCCAUGGUCAAUACGAGGGCGAUCAUUGUGACGUCAUUCCUGAACCAACCCUUCCUGUUGAAGUAGCCAAUCAUCCUAAGAACCAAACGGUGAAUAUGGGCACCACUGUACAGCUCACAUGCGGCUUCAACAAUGCUGAAUCUUACGCGUGGUACAAAGAUGGUCAUCCUCUACCCAACAAGACAAAUCAAAGCACUCUAGUUAUACAAUCCGUUUCCACAAGUGAUAUUGGAUAUUACUUCUGCCGAGGCUUUGGAAAUGAACGAUUUUUAGACACGGAGAGGGCAUCUAUCUACGUUGAAGGUGUGACCAACAUCCAACUUUCUAAUUUGAAAUUCAAUCUCACUUCGAAUGAUGUCCUCUCUGAACAAACUUCCGCCCGCUAUCUCGAGAUAUCACUCAACAUCACGAAAUUUGUUCUUGAAGGUCUUAAGAAUGAUGCCGCUUUCAAGGAUAUGUCACCAUCGGUGGUAUGCAACAAGCUCACCCGGCAGGCAGUUGUGAUUGCUGACCUGAAUGUCUACAUCAAGAAUUCCAUUCUGACUGCAUUUCAUGAACUAGAUCUUGUUAGUCAAGUUCUUUACCGAUUGGCUGAAAAUUCCAGUGGUUUUCUCGAUGUCAGCAGUGUAGAAAUCGAGAACACGGCGAUCUGUAAGAAUAUGACAUGGACGUCAUCGCGUUUUGGACUAAAAAUCAAUUUCCUAGAGGGUGAGAACGGAACAUGGGCGAACUCAACAGAACCUACUGAAGUAUGUCCAUUCAACACAACGAACGCCACCCAACCAAUCGGGCGUGCCAUAUGCGUCGGUGAUCUGAUUUCACAGAGUACAUGGCGUCCCAUGGAUAACUGUGGACCAUUCAGAAAUGUCAGCGAUUUACUGAGCCAAUUUUCAGAGGUUGAGGUAUCAGAUGAGAAUGUUGCUAAGCUCAGUGAGGAGGUCAGUGUGUUGACAAGUAACACCGAUGAUAUCGUCUCUGAUGACAUUUCUUCGAUUGCAACUAUAAUUUCAAAUAUUGGUCAAUUUACUCAAACGAACUACAGUGAAAAGGUUACUGCAUCCAUUGUUGCAAUAGUGAGUAACAUUGCUCAGGUUAACUCAACACAACUUGAAUCAGCAUCAGACUCUGUUAGUAAAGUCGUCAGCGUAUUUGAGAAGCGGAUCAAGAGCAUACCUGUAGAGGCCGGUGGAAAUUUUACCAUUCAACAACCAAAUAUUGCCGUGCAGGUCAAAAGUGUAUCUACCAAUGCCAUCUUAAAAGGCCUAGUCCUCUCGUUAACAGGAGACAGAUCUGAUCUGACCAAUUCUGACACCAGCAUCCAAACUUCAAAAGGAGAUCAUGCUGAAGCUACACAACCCAAUAAUAUCGCUGUUGUCAACAUACCAUCUGCGAUUUCUUUUGCUUUACCGUCGAUAUCUAGAGGAAGUUCUAAUUCUGGCGGCUAUGUUCGCGUGAUCUUCAGCGUCUUUUCCUCACCAGCCCUUUUCAUUUCUAAAUCAUUGAAGAACACGAGUGAAGGAACCAACCGAUCUGCUAACACACCUGUAAUAUCACUGAGCAUCGGAAACGAGACGAUAGCAAAUCUGACAGAACCCAUCAAUUUUACGUUUACCCCGAUAGAGACUGAUCUAACGAAUCCGUCGUGUUCAUACUGGGAUGUUGGCUUUCGUGACUGGUCUCAAGAAGGGUGUCAUCUUAUUUCGGCAUCUGGAAUUAGACCACCUGAUGAUGAUAACUGUGAUCCUCCUUCUGAUGAGAAGGAGAAGAUCGUUUGUGGGUGUAACCAUCUCACCAACUUUGCCGUCCUUAUGGAUACUUCCAGAGAGGAUGGGCCUUCUGAGCAAGCAUACGAAGUUCUAACGUACAUAGGAUGUUGUAUUUCAAUAGUAAGCCUACUUGUUACCCUUGCAACAUAUAUAUCAAAUAGAGUUCUGAGGGGAAAACAGACCAACCAGAUCUUUAUUUGCCUGUGCCUGACGUUACUCUGUCUCUACGUAUCGUUCAUUGUCAUGAUGUCCCUGGACAGCGCCAAACGUCAAUGUCAUGUAAAGGCAGGUCCAUGCGGGUUCAUUACAGCGCUCGUUCACUUCUUCGUUCUAUCUUCGAUCACGUGGAUGGGUGUGGAGGGAUACAAUACUUAUCUCAUCAUCGUCAAGAUCUUUGAUACCUACAUUCCACAGUUCAUGGUCAAAGCUGGUGCCGUUGCUUGGGGUAUUCCUGCAAUGAUUGUCAUUAUAACUGGAGCCAUUGCCCAGGACAAAUACGCGCACGAAGAUCUAUGUUUUCUCCAAUUGUGGGCUCAAAUCGGUGGUCUCUUUAUUCCCAUGACAAUCAUCAUCCUGUUCAAUGUCGUCAUCUUUGCCCUCGUCGUCCGUCAACUGAUGAAGUCUUCUAAUGUCGCUGGUCGGGUCGAGAGAGAGGCCAAGGUGGAACAUAGAGAGAGCAUCGAACGGGUUCAAAAUGCAAUCUGUAUCCUCCUUCUGCUUGGUCUUACAUGGAUCACUGGAUACUUUCUGAUGAUGCGAGAAUUCAGUCAGGUGGUUGAGCCCAUCUUCAUUGUACUGAACUCAUUUCAAGGACUGUUCAUCUUCCUGCUCUACUGUGUUCGUAAACCAAUGGUUCGUAAGCAGUGGGGACUGACCUGUCUUGCAGCAAGAAUCAGGAGACAAGAUGUUACCACAUCGAGUAGCGGCACGCAUAGCUCUAAGAAUACGUCCUCGUCAGCAGCAACUGAUGUUGUCCUUGUCAGCAUGAGCAAGAUACCGAAAGAGAAGAGCAUCGAGACAUUCGUGUAAUGCUUUGAGUGGAAAUACUUACAUUUGAUGAAAACGAAUUCCUGAUUGUGUGAUUAUAGUUGUUAAGUAAUUUGUGUUAUGGGAAAUGAAAUACAUCGCAAUUGGAACGAAGAUACAUAAAAGUAAAUUCUUCAAAUAUUUUCACCAUGUUCAAAGGGAUGAUCACAUGGGUAACUUGCUUUAGUUACCAUUUUGACUCAAUUAGACUGGGCUAUCAAUCCAAUUGUAACAUUCCCUGUAAAUCUGAACUUUGGAUAAAAAGAUGACCAACAUGUAUAUAUUUCAUGAUUGAGCGAUUCAACAGUGAACAUAUGAUUUAUUCAAAAGUGUUCCAGAGUGAUUUUUAUUAGAGAGCAUUCCCCCUUAUAUACGGAUUUAAAGAAAAGAUUUUUAUGAAGGAGGAAAUCGUUGUUUGACGUGCAUUGUGCAUUAAAGGAGAGGUCUCUAUUUUGAUGUUGUUACUUUAAACUCUAUCUCUUUAGACCCUAUAGAAUUUUAUAGUAUUUAGUAUUAUAUUCCACAUACUAAGAAUCUUGCUCUACGAUUGGUC